AUGAAACAAGCGGAAGAUCUUCUAUUUUGGUGCAUAAGUAAUGUCACUGAGCUUUUUAACGAGGUCGAACACCAGUCUAAGGACGAGAUCGACAGACUGAGGAAGUUCCGGACAGAAAUCAACACCUACCUGGACCGACGCGAGAAGGAGUUGCUCGGCAACAUCCAGAAAAUGAAGACUGAGGAUGAAAGCGUGCUGACUGAGCUGAAGACUGCUUGUGAGUUGGCGAAAGGGGGACUUGCGGACACUAGGGCAGAACUGACUUCCGGGGACGUUUCGGAUAACAAGCGGUACGUGUCGGCAAGGCGAGCACAGAAGGAGCUACAGGGGGCUCAUCACAAGAUUGAGACGAUGGCUGGUAGAAUGAAGGCCCGGAAGUACCGGUUUGUUAAAGACGCGGACACGGAGCGGCUGCUGUGGUCGAAAAUGGGGCUUGGAUCACUGGACGUAGCGGGGGAGUUUGUGUCAUUUCCUGAUCUCUCGACUGUGACAUGGAAGCAGCAGACGGAUAUCAAGGCUAGAACGUCUCAUGACAAGUUUCUCUGCUGGAUCACGGGCUCAGCCCUGAUCUCUCCUGGUAUCUUCCUUUUAGCUGACAAUGGUAACAAUUGUGUCAAACUCGUAGAUGUCAGCACCGGCACCGUCACGUCCCGCCUCCAUCUGCCAGACAAGCCCUGGGACGUGUGUGUGCUCCCUGAUGACCAGGCCGCAGUCACUCUCCCGGACAAGUCCAUCAUCCAUCUGAUGUCUACAAAGGAAGUACAGUUGUCGUAUGGAAAGGAAAUUAAAGCAUCACCCGACUGUCGAGGUAUUGCGUCUUACAACAACAAAUUAUACGUUUCGUACAAGUCAAACCCGCGUAUUGAAGUGAUGACAUUGGAUGGUCAUAUCAUUAGUACAUUUCUAAAAGAUGAUGGAAAACUACUUUUCCAUGAACCUUAUUACCUAACUGUGUCAGCUUCAACACCACCAACCCUGUGCGUGUCUGACUACUCUGCCCACACCGUCCUCCAGUUGACCCUGGAAGGGAAGGUCUUGGGGGAGUACCGAGACAAGGAGCUCAGCCAUCCCUUGUCCGUGUUGAAAGUAGGGCCUGGUCAGCUUCUCGUGUGUGGGCGGGACAGCAACAACGUGAUGCUGCUAACAGAGAGGGAUGGCAAGAUGACGGAAAUACUUGGAAAGAAGGACGGACUGACCCUUCCCGACUCCGUGUCCUUCUGUCCUUACACACGUGCCAUAGUUGCCGGGAUGUACGAUAUUGACUCACUGAAGGUCUUUAAUGCAAACUGA